CAAUAAGCACCAUAUCAUCAGACUAUGCCAAACCAUCAAGCUCUCUAGUGUAACUGAAUCAUAAUGAAAAUAAUCCUCACCGGCAGUACUGGCUUCAUCGGCCACGAAAUCCUCACCCAAUGUCUGCGAAACCCGCACAUCACAUCCAUCAUUGCGCUGUCCCGGCGCCCGCUCCCUACCAAUAACCCCAAGCUCACGGUCAGACUCGUGGAUGAUUUCCUUACAUACCCUGAGAGUUUAUUGCAGGAGUUGAGGGGAGCGGAGGCGUGUAUUUGGGCGAUCGGGGUGAACAGAACCCGAGAUACCGAAACAGCUCGGAGAAUCAACGUUGAGUAUACGAUGGCUGCGAUGAGGGCCUUUGGCACACAUUUAUCUUUCUCAGUUGAGGGAGGGGGGGAGUUCCGCUUUGUUUAUCUGAGCGGAGGGAUGUCGGAGAGGGAUCAGAGUAGGUCGUUGUGGAUGGCGGGGGAGACGAGGAAGAUUAGAGGACAAGUCGAGAACGCAUUGAGCGACUACGAGAAGAACAACAAUAAUUUAGAGGUGUAUAUUGCUCGACCGGGGAUGGUUCUUGCACGGGGAAUGAGUUUGAGGACAGUGAUCUUUAGAAUGGGCCCGUCGAUUUGGGUGGAUGAUUUGGCAAAGGUGUUGGUGGAUGUUGUUGUGAAGGGGGACGGAGAUGGGGAGAGGGUAUUGGAGAAUGAGAGGAUGUUGCGGUGGGAGCAUUAAAUUUAUUACUGUG